CAUUAUUUGAGGAAUGUAACACUAUCAAUCUUAUGAAGAUCUGUUCCAAUGGGUCCUGCGAACUACAAGGUUAACAGCAAUGUGAUUAUCCCCAUCAUGUGAUCUACAGCCGAGGGUAUGAAAGCGGGCCUUUUAUGUGAGCUGAAUGCAUUUCACAGAGUCUGCAUGCACUGAAAAGAUCGGCUGCAUGCUCUUCAGCUCGGUGAAGGGCAGGUGAAGGAGGGCGGAAUUUUUUUUUUAAUAAUGGAUCAUCCAACAUCAAGCCAGCCCAGCCCCACCUCAAGCUUUCAGUGUCUUUCUUUUGCUUACCAGGGCCUGACAGAAAUCCCCUAUGAAACCAUUCUGCCACAGACAGCACUGGAGGUGCUGGAUCUGAGUUACAACCUGCUGGAUGAUCCUUAUUGGAACCCGGCUCUGCUGGGCCAGCUGGAGAAGCUCAGCACUUUGAUCCUGGACUGCAACAACUACACAUCUCACAUCAAGUUCCCCUACAUGUCCAGUGUCACCACAGUUUGCAUCAACAAGAACAAGAUCAACAAUCUGCCUGUUUUUGUGGAAGAAAUCCGACGGAAGUUUCCAAACAUAAAGAUUCUCAGUAUGAUGAACAACGAGGCAGCUCCUAGUUAUUUCAAUGGAGGAAGUCUUACUCAGUACGAAGACUACAGACAGUAUGUCAUCAGUCAGAUUCCUGGCCUGGAGAUUCUGGAUGACACUGAAGUCCUGGAGAAGGAGAGACUCCAGGCUAGAAAAACCUACAGGCAGCAGAAGAUCAGCCACAGCAGCAGAAAGAGGAAGGAGGAGUCAUUAAAGAAACAUACGCACAUGCAGAAAAAGCCAACUACUGUCACAAGACAAUAGGAUAUAUCAUGUUUUUUAACAUGUUCCUUAAAAUCACACCUUUUAAAGCUGCGUUGUUGACGUUGUGAUUUCUUAAUAUUCACAGCUAGUUGAUGUUGAGUUGAAUACUUAAACAAAACAAGACAAUCCAAGAUUCCAUUCCGUGUAUGCGUGUAUUGUAAAUAGUAUCUUUAAUACUAUCACUAGCAGGAACCAGUCAACUCACUCGUUGGUACACUUAAACAAAACAAGACAAUCCAAGAUUCCAUUCCGUGUAUGCGUGUAUUGUAAAUAGUAUCUUUAAUACUAUCACUAGCAGGAACCAGUCAACUCACUCGUUGGUACACAAAAUGGUACACUGCUGUGUACCAUUUUGUGUACCGUUGAUAAGCGUUACUACCUCCAGAAAAGGAUCAACAUUUUUUCCAACAGGCUGUAGAUAAAUCAAUUGUGUACAUUCCAUUCAAUUCCUCGAUACUUCAUGUCAAAUGUCAAAAUUGACCCAAACACUAUGUAAGGGUUAAGUGGGGAGUAUGGAAUCAGUUUGUCCUUACCUCACUUACUUACUUAUACACCACACAUACAGUAUCGAUCCAAAUGUUUCUACCACGCAUAUGGAUCCAAAUGUAUGACAUUAUUAUUUAUGUAACUUUCUGCAGUUGUGAAAGUAUUAACACAUGGUUACGCACCAGAGAAUUUGUGUUUAGUGACGGUUUUGAUACAUGUAUUUUAGAAAUAGACUAAUUUCAGUUGGACAAAGACUUCUCUUGUGUUCGGAAUUUAAGCAGAAGAGCACACCUAGCGAUAAAAAGUAUAAUAUGUGUGAUCAUGACUAGUGGUAGGAUUAUAGUUUGUGUGUUAUUAGGUAUAAAUAUAAUAACACAAUAGUUAUUGUGGAGCUGAAGAAGUACACCGUCAAUCCGUAACUAUUUUUGUUGGGAACGGCAGGGGGUUGUACCAGGUUAAUAGCAAGUGUGGAACUAAAUUAUUGAUAGCAAUAGAAUUCUUAAUAAUCACUAAGAUAAUUCUCAAAAUAAAUAAAUAACGGGCACCACCCUGAGCUAACAGGGACUAAUAAACAAUAUUAUAAAUCAAGACUCAUAAUUGAUGUUCACUCCUUUAUUUAAGUCUGAGCACUGGCAAUGGUUGAAUGGUUCUUUAAGGUCAAACACUCACAGAAACACAGAUCAAGAGAAUCUAUAACUGUGAUCAAGAUCACCUAUAACUAACCAACAAUCCCUAGAUGUAACACUAAACAUCUAAACACUAAACAUCAAAAUUUAUAAAACACGUUAAAUUCAUCUGCCCAGAAAACUAGUCUCUUACUGUUUUGAUGGGCUUGAUCGGCGCGGUGAACGGUUGGUUUCACCGUGUUUCAGCAGCUUCCAGCUGACUUGUGAAGGUUGAACUCCUUAGCGGAAAUACAAAUUUUAUGGCCAGGUGUGGUCUGGACUCCAGUGGGGGUUGUUGUUAUUGGCCCCUGGAUCAGACAUGAGGGUCUCCCAUGUUACUGUGUUUUUCCUUUGUCUUCAGUGAAGAAAAACGUGGGGAGAUUUACUAGCAAAAUGGAGGGCCCAACACUUGCAUCCGCUGAUACCGUCGUGGGCUUGCUCAAGUCAUAGAAGGCAAGUACUAGUGGAGUUGUCAAUAGCUUUUUGAUAUGUUCAAAUCUGUUUGCUGUGCGUGGCUCCACGUCCAUUUAUUCUUGUCCUUCAGGAGCUUGUACAGCGGCUGUCCCACCGUUGAGAGUUCGGGGAUGUAUCUUCCGAGACAAUUUACCAUUUCCAGUAUCCUUCUUAGCACUCCUUGACAGCUGCCGAAUCGCUUCCACUUUGUCAGGGUCAGGCAGAUCCCGGACUAGUCAAUGACAUGCCAGAGGAACCACAGUUGACUCUGCCUGAUGGAGCUCUUCUCACAAUUAAGUUUUAAGAAGCAUACCUUCUCCAGGCGACCGUCAUGUUCCUUCUCUGUGGCCCCAUAGAUCAGAAUGUCAUGAAGAUUUUGUGUGCAUCACAGUACAAAAACAGCAUUGGUGAAAAUGACGAAUUAUCACUUGCAUUGGACCAUGGACUCAUCUGUGUUCUUGUCUUGCUGGACCUCAGUGCCACAUUUGACAUCAUUGAAUCCUAUUGCAGAGACUAGAACAUUUGAUUGGUAUUAAGUCAUAUUUAUCGAAUCAAUCCCAGUUUGUGUUUGUAAACGGUGAAUCCUAGUUGAUCAACAAUGUUUGCCACAGAGUCCCACAAGGUUCUCUGCUUUGACUGAUUUUAUUUACCCUGUAGACGUUUCCUUUAGGCCUACUAGAGAGCUGCGCUGCCUAAAUGGUGGGCUACUUGUUAUUCCUAGAGUCUUAAAAAGUAGGAUGGGAGCCAGCGCCUUCAGUUAUCAAGCUUCUCUUUUGUGGAACAAAAGAUCACGUUAGUGUGGACCAGCCCUUAGAUAAGCUGUUAUAUAUAUUAUCCACUUUGCUUCUUUGAGGUCUUUGUGCUUUCCAUCCCUGCUGGUUUCAGUAAAUGGUGGUUUUGUCUGAUGGUGGUUGUCCUUGCAGUGGUCCUGCCGUACACUUGGCUGACUACUUGCAAUAUUUGAAUCAUUUCUGUCAUAGGACUCAAAUGCAGUGUACAUCUUUUACGUUGUUCAUUCUGUAGACAUCCAUAGUCUGUCCAUCCCGGGAAAGGGAUCCCUCUUCUGCUGUUCUUCCUAGGUUUCUUCCCUUUUUCCCCAUUGAAGGGUUUCCUGUGCCGAUGUGAAGGUUUCGGGAAAGACUAUGUUGCAUGUGU